AUGCAGAACGGCGUUGUUCAGGCUGGUAAUACCACCUACUAUGUCACCAAUGAGGGCGGUACAUUCACUGUGAAUGUCACCGCCAUUCUUGUGGAUGGUUUAACUGCUUCAACUAUAAAAGAAGACAUUGUGUUUGAGCCUAUAGAAGAAAUCAAGGUGGUAAACAUUCAACAAAAUGUCGAACGCCAUGAAUAUACUCUCACAUGGGAUAUCACAGGAGCUCGAGCCGAUGAGAUACCGACAUAUCAAGUGAAAAACGACAAAUCCUCUAUAGACCUGAAAACUAUUUUGUUACGAUUAGAGCGGUAG